UUUCCGCUUUCUUUUCUGUUUAGCCUCGGCGAGAAGCACGAGGCGCGACGAUAGAGGCAGCCGGUCUGGCAUCUCUUCUGGCCUGCAAAGGAUUACUCCAGGUGUUGAAUGAUUUAGGAGACAGCGCUGGAUCCAGCCUCAGACGCUCCUUUGGUCGCCCUCACGCCUGUGGGGGAAAUUUGCUCAACGGUGAAACUUCUGCCUUGCUUAUCCUAGGUGGGAAACCAGAACAAGAACCCCGCCCCCUGCAAGCAUAUAACCAUUAAGUAGAAAUCGCCAUGUGCGGCAUUUGGGCCCUUUUCGGGAGUGAUGAAUGUCUGUCUGUCCAAUGUCUAAGUGCUAUGAAAAUUGGCCACAGAGGUCCAGAUGCUUUUCGCUUUGAAAACGUCAAUGGAUUCACCAACUGCUGUUUUGGUUUCCAUCGUUUGGCAAUUGUUGACCAGCUGUAUGGAAUGCAGCCUCUACGGGUGAAGAAGUUUCCCUACUUGUGGCUCUGUUACAAUGGAGAAAUCUACAACUACAAACAGUUACAAAAACAAUUUGGAUUUGAUUACCAGACCUUGGUAGAUGGGGAGGUAAUUCUUCAUCUUUACGACAGAGGAGGAAUAGAGCAGACAGCCUCUAUGCUCGAUGGUGUGUUUGCAUUCAUUUUGCUCGACACAGCAAACAGGAAAGUCUUUCUGGGAAGAGACACCUAUGGAAUCAGACCACUAUUUAGGGUCCUGACUGAUGAUGGGUUCCUAGGUGUCUGCUCUGAGGCAAAAGGUCUUAUCAACUUGAAGCACUCAAUGUCUUUUCCACCAAGAGUAGAUCCUUUCCUUCCAGGACACUAUGAAGUGUUGGAUCUAAAGGCAAAUGGCAAAGUUGGAUCGGUGGAACUAGUAAAAUUCCACGGCCCUAAGGAUAAACCUCUACAUAGUGAUUAUGAUUCACUUCAAAAUCUCCCCUCAGGUUUUGAUAUUGAAACAGUGAAAAGCAACAUUCGUCUUUUGUUUGAAAAUGCUGUUAGGAAACGGCUGAUGACUCACAGGAGGAUUGGCUGCCUCUUAUCAGGUGGCUUGGAUUCUAGCUUGGUUGCUGCGAUGCUCCUUAAAUUGAUGAAAGAAACAGACCUUCUGUACCCUUUACAAACCUUUGCUAUUGGGAUGGAAGACAGUCCUGACCUCCUGGCUGCUAGAAAGGUAGCAGCUCACAUUGGCAGCGAACACCAUGAGGUUAGUUUUAAUUCUGAAGAAGGGAUUCAGGCACUGGAAGAUGUUAUAUUUUGCUUGGAAACAUACGACAUUACAACCAUACGAGCUUCAGUAGGUAUGUAUCUGGUCUCCAAAUACAUUCGAAAGAACACAGACAGCGUGGUCAUUUUCUCGGGGGAAGGGUCAGAUGAGCUGACACAAGGCUAUAUCUAUUUUCAUAAGGCACCCACACCUGAAGAUGCUGUAGAGGAAAGCGAGAGGCUUCUCAAAGAACUCUACCUUUUUGAUGUUCUUCGUGCUGACAGAACAACUGCUGCCCACGGCCUUGAACUCAGAGUUCCAUUUUUGGAUCACAGAUUUACUUCUUAUUACUUAUCUUUGCCUGCAGAACUCAGAAUACCAAAGAAUGGAAUUGAAAAACAUCUCUUGAGAGAGGCCUUUCAAGAUACAAACUUAUUGCCUAAAGAAAUCCUCUGGAGACCCAAAGAAGCCUUCAGUGACGGAUUAACCUCUGUCAAGAAAUCAUGGUUCUCGAUACUCCAAGAUUAUAUUGAUCUUCAGGUUGAGGACUGUUUGUUGGAGAAGGCAGUAGAGAGGUUUCCAUUCAAUCCCCCUAGGACAAAAGAAGGUUAUUACUAUCGCCAGAUCUUUGAGAAGCACUACCCGGGACGUUCCGAUUGGCUUCCCCAUUAUUGGAUGCCAAAAUGGAUCAAAGCCACUGAUCCGUCUGCUCGUACAUUGCAACAUUACAAAUCGGCUCCAAAAGAAUAGACUUUUCAGAAGUUUCUCCUUGUAAGCAGCUUGUUAACUAAUGUGUGGCUCUCUUGGGCCUGCAAAAGAUAGCAAGCAAACAAAGCUUUAAGAAUAAAUAAACAUGCCAGUCCUUUCAGAUGAAAGGGGCCUGUAUUGUUGAUUUAAAACACUGCUGAAAACUAAGGAUUCUGUUUUGCAAGGGCUGGAUUUUUGCACACAUUAGUAAACUGCAGUUUAGGGACUAAGAUAAUAAAUGGGGUCUAAAUACGAAAAAAAAUUAUGAAAAAUAUUAAAUUGCCAUUUGCAGGCUGGUGGCGGUGGCUAAUGCUAAGAGUCCUUUUAAACUCAGCAUAGUUUAGGGCCUCAGCAUGUCUUACAGUUCAGUCCUAUGCAGAGUUACUCUAGUUUAAGUCCAUUGAAAUCAGAGAGGUUGCACUAUUAAUUCAGGCCUGUAUUCUGCUUAAACUGCAUUUUACAGCCAAUAUAGUCUUAAAUAACCCUAUUAAAACCAGUGACAUUCAUCUAGAAUUUUGGCUACUACUUUGCCUUCAGGUAGUCUUGUAUUCCCUGCUGAAGUUUAAACAGCAGUAUAAAAGAGCAGUCCUAAAUACGUUUAUUCAGAAUCCUACUUGAUCUAUUCAAUGGGGCUUACUUCCCAGAAAACAUUCUUAGGAUUGCAUUGUAGUUAUGUGAGAUUGUAGCCUUUAAGUUCAAUUUUCUAAUGCUCACUUGUGCCUGCUACGUGCUAAUUAAUCCUCCGUAGCACUUCUGUCCAGGCAUUUCUCAUUGCUAAUGGAAAAUAUGCACAUGUUGUCAAACCAGGUGGUGUUUUUACUAUAGGAGCUUGUUCCUCUUAAGUUCUUGGAAAUAAAGGUGCCUAAUUUUUAAUA